GAACUUGAGCAUACCUCAUCUAAACCAACCUCUUCAACCUCCGCCAACAACUUCUUCCCCAAGUCCUCCACACUCAUCUCGACAGACUCUUACCAUCUCUGUUCAUCGAAAAGAAUGCCAAGUCACGAACUCCGGUAGCGCUCGACCCGCCUAACGCACAGCUCUGAAGAAGUAGAAGAUAUGCCUCCAGUCGUGGAAGCCUUUCACGCCUCAGAACUCGAAUCGCGUCUGAAUACUCUGCCUUCGGGCAAAGCGCGCAAACCUCCGAUCCAAGAACUGAAGAAAGACUGCGAGCUCAAGGAACUUCUUCAGUAUAACUGCGAACCGGAAGGCGAGAAGGGAAAGCAGCGGGUCGUGUGUAGGCCAGUGCUGAGAUUGUUGCGUCAGUGCGCAAACGGCCUCACUGUUGAGACAACCGCUUGGGAGAACAGAUAUGAUGGCACAUUAGAAAAGGCGAAAGAAAGCACGCGUGCAGAAUGACGUUCGAGGAACCCAUUUCUGCAAUUUGCUUGUAUUAGAGGUACUCUCAAGCUUCAUGGUCUGUCCUACCACAGCUUUUAUACAGCGAGAAGACUCGAAUGUCUAUAGUACAACACCAAAACAAUGAUACUCCACCAGCGCCAACGCUAAGUAAUUCGAGAGACGCGAUC